AUGGAUUCAGCUCCACCAUUGUUGGAGCUAGACCUUGACAACCUUAAAGCCCUCAAAAUCCUAGGUAAAGGUGCCAUGGGCACUGUCUUCCUCGUCCGCCACCCCACAACCACAACCACCACCACCACCGACACCAAUACCACCACCAACACCAACCUCUUCGCUCUCAAAGUCGUCGACAAAACAUCCAUGCAUGCCAAACUCGACGCAGAACGCCGCGCCCGUUGGGAAAUUCAGGUCCUCUCAAAGCUCUCUCACCCUUUUCUCCCUUCCAUUCUCGGCGUAUACGAAUCGCCACAAUUUCUUGCAUGGGCAUUACCUUAUUGUCCAGGUGGUGAUCUCAAUGUCCUCCGUUACCACCAAAACGACCGCGUUUUCUCUCCCACCGUUAUUCGGUUCUACCUAGCUGAAAUCAUCUGCGCUCUCGACCACCUUCAUUCCAUGGGCAUCGCUUACCGUGACUUAAAACCCGAAAAUGUCCUUAUUCAACGCUCCGGCCACGUCACCCUCACCGAUUUCGACCUCUCUCGGAAACUCAAACACAAAACCGCUAACAACAUUGUUUCUGCAAAGUCUUUACCUGAUUCGAAGGUUUCAGAAGCUUCCAGAAAACACCGACGCAACUUUUCUCGCUGGAUCCAGCUUCUUCCGAUAGAAUCCUCUCAAUAUUAUUAUCCCCGGAUGAACGGUUUAAGUUUGAAGAAGACAAUGUCAGCAAGAGUUAUCCCGGUGAGUCGACGGAAACAAAGCUUCUCAAACGGAGAACGCUCCAACUCGUUCGUUGGAACCGAGGAAUAUGUCUCACCGGAGGUUGUUCAAGGUGAUGGCCACGAGUUUGCUGUUGAUUGGUGGGCGCUUGGGAUUCUAACAUACGAGAUGCUAUACGGCAGGACGCCGUUCAAGGGGAAGAAUCGGAAGGAAACAUUUAGGAAUGUUCUGACAAAGCCGCCGGAGUUCAUUGGGAAAAGGACGGAGUUGACGGAUUUGAUAGGGAGGUUGUUGGAGAAGGAUCCUACGAAGAGAUUGGGUUAUUCGCGUGGUGCUAUUGAGAUCAAAGAGCAUGGGUUCUUCAGAGGGGUUAAUUGGGAAAUGUUGACAAAGGUGGUGCGGCCGCCGUUUAUUCCGGGAAGAGAUGACAUUAACGGAGAACUGCCGUCGGGGAAAUUUUACGAGGGAAAAGGUGGUGUGGAUAUAAGGGAUUAUUUUCAGCGGUUGAAAUCGCCGUCGCCAAUGCCUCAUGCUCCUGCGCCUUUGCCAUUACAGUCGCCGCCUUGUUAUAGGUUUAGGAAAAAUGUUUCGCUAACAGCAUUCUGA